AUGAAGCAGCUGUGCCUGUGCGCAGCCGCCUCCUUCGCGGUAGGCAUUUGGGUCCCUCUGCGCCUUCCCCUCCUUCCCGGGAAGAUGCUCGGCGGGGGCGGGGGCGGGGGUGGGGCAGCUGCAGGGCGCGGGGCCGACGUGGAGGACCGUGCCAGGGCCUCUGUUUUAGAGACGCUGUCUCGAGGCCCCCAGCCAGGACCACCUACCCCACAGCUCCGGCUCAGCCCCACCGACCUCGGCUCCUGCCCGCCCUGUGGCCCGUGCCCUAUCCCGAAACCCGCAGCAAGAGGCAGGCGCCAGGGCCAAGACUGGGGCAAAAGUGACCAGCGCCUGCUCCAGGCCGUGGAGAACAACGAUGUGGCCAGAGUGGCCUCGUUGAUCGCUCACAAAGGGCUGGUGCCCACAAAACUGGACCCCGAGGGCAAGUCUGCGUUCCACUUGGCAGCCAUGAGGGGUGCGGCGGGCUGUCUGGAGGUGAUGCUGGGUCAAGGCUCAGACGUCAUGAGCACAGAUGGAGCAGGUUACAAUGCCCUUCACCUGGCAGCCAAGUAUGGGCAUCCUGAGUGCCUGAAGCAACUCUUGGAGGCUUCCUGCGUGGUGGACAUUGAGGACAGCAGUGGGUGGACAGCCCUUCACCAUGCAGCGGCUGGUGGUUGUCUGUCCUGCUCAAAGCUGCUCUGCUCUUUCAAGGCACAUCUGAACCCCCGGGAUCGGUCGGGUGCCACACCCCUCAUGAUAGCAGCCCAGAUGUGUCACACAGACCUGUGCCGCCUCCUCCUACAGCAGGGGGCUGCAGCAAAUGACCAGGACCUGCAAGGCAGGACAGCCUUGAUGCUGGCAUGUGAGGGGGCCAGCCCUGAGACCGUUGAAGUACUCCUGCAGGGUGGAGCCCAGCCAGGCAUCACCGAUGCACUGGGCCAGGACGCCACUCACUACGGAGCCCUGACCGGGGACAAACUCAUCUUGCAGCUUCUACGGGAGUCUGCGCAGCGCCCUUCACGUCCCAGUGCCUCUCUAGAGGAUGACUCCGGAGAGGCAUCGUCUCAGAACUCGGUGUCCAGCCACGAAAAGCGAGGGGCCCCCAAGAAGCGGAAGGCACCCCAGCCUCCAGCCAGCACGCCUGUUCCCGACGAUCAGGAUGCUUAUGAGGAGAUUGUCCGUCUGCGCCAAGAGAGAGGCCGCCUCCUACAGAAGAUCAGGGGACUGGAACAGCACAAGGAACGGAGGAGAAGGGAGCCCCUGGAAGCAGAGGCCAGCUCAGUGCACAGCCUGGAGAGGCAGGUGCAGGAGCUGCAGCAGCUGCUGGCGGAGAAGCAGGAGGAGAAGGAGAGCCUGGGCCGGGAGGUGGAGAGCCUACAGAGCCGCCUGUCCCUGCUGGAGAACGAGAGGGAGAACACCAGCUAUGAUGUAGCCACCCUGCAGGACGAGGAGGGUGAGAUGUCUGACUUUCCAGGAGCGGAUGCUUUGUUGUCAAAGCCUCUCCGGCCGGCAGCUGAGGAGCUGGUGGCGUCCCUUCAGGAGCAGGUGGCUCGGCUCACCAGGCAGAACCAGGAGCUGCUGGAGAAGGUCCAGAUCUUUGAGGAGUUUGAGAAGGACGAGGUGCAGACAGCGGAAGACAGUCAGCCCGAGGUAGUCCCUCUGGUCUUGUAUGACUCCCUGAGGGCAGAGCUUGCGCAGCUCCGGAGGCAGCACGAAGAGGCCAUGCAUGCGCUGCAGCAGCAGCAGCAGCAGCAGCAGCGGGAGGUGACCAGGGGUCAUGGGGCAGAAGAGACAGCACACAAGGAGAGCGAGGACAAGGACACCACCUCCCAGAAUGGACCCAGUGUCCCGGAGCUCAAUGGCACCACGUAUCCAGAAACCACAGCCAAUGGCACCGAACCCCAAGCCGGAGGCUCCGUGGGCGUCGGGAACACAGAAGCCAGUGCUUCAGAAGUGGCACCCACAGAGCCCGAGGCUGCAGGCUCAGAGGCCACGGGGAAAGAUGGAGUGGCAGUGGAGGUCGUGGACACUAGAACCACCGUGGCUCAGGCCCUAGAUGUGAACGCUGAAAGUGAGCUGGAGGCAGAAGUCACAGGAGUGAAGGAGAAUCCAGGGAUGAAGGCUAAUGGAGAGCAUGUGGUGCAAGAUGGGCUCACAGGGACAGGGACUAGAAACAUGGAGGCCACCGGAGAAGAGGCCACGGUAGUGAAGGCCACAGAACUGCGGGAUACCGGAGUUCAGGCCACAGGAGCAGAGGCUGUGGCAGUGAAGACCACGGGAGUGCAGGCCACAGUGGCAGAGGUCAUAGGAGUGAAGGUCACAGGAGUGCAGGCCACGGUGACAGAGGACACAGGAGUAGAAGCCACCGGAGCGCAGGCCACUGUGACAGAGGCCAAGGGAGCAGAGGCUACGGGAGCUCAUGCCACCACCCUGGAGGCCACGGGGGCACAAGCCACAGACACCAUAGGAGCGCUGGCCACCAUGGCAGAGGCCAACGGAGCCGAGGCCAUAGGACUCAAGGCCACGGAAGCGGAGGCCACCCGCACAGAGGGCCCCUGCACCGCGGCCCUGCACCCGGGGGCGGCGGCGGCGGCGCUGCAGGCCGAGCUGGAGACCCGGAUCCGCGGCCUGGAGGAGGCGCUGCGCCAGCGGGAGCGGGAGGCGGAGGCCGAGCUGGAGGCCGCCCGGGGCCGGUUUGCGGAGGCGGAGGCGGAGGCAGAGGAGGCGGCACGGGGGCGGAGCCGCGAGCUGGAGGCGCUGCGGGAGCUGCUGGCCACGGCCACGGCCACGGGCGAGCACGCACGCGCGGAGGCCGCCGAGCUGCGCCAAGCGCUGUCGGCCUCCGAGGCCCGGGCCGCCGACCUCAGCUCCGCCCUUGACACGGCCCGCGAGGAGCUGGAGCGCAUGCGCGGGGCCUCAGUGCCCGCGGACGAGCACGAGCAGGCGCUGGGCGCGCUGCGCGACCACGUGACCCGCCUGCAGGCGCAGCUUGCGGAGCUGGCGCGCAAGCACGAGAAGACAAGCGCCGAGGUCUUCCAGGUGCAGCGUGAGGCAUUGUUUAUGAAGAGCGAGAGGCACGCGGCCGAGGCCCAGCUGGCCACGGCCGAGCAGCAGCUCCGGGGGCUUCGUACAGAGGCCGAGAGGGCACGCCAGGCCCAGAGCCGUGCCCAGGAGGCCCUGGACAAGGCCAAGGAGAAGGACAAGAAGAUCACAGAACUGUCCAAAGAAGUCUUCACACUGAAGGAGUCUCUGAAGAUGCAGCAGACAGCCCCUGCCAGCGCCAAGGAGGAAGCCCUGCGCAGCCAGGUGGUAGCCAUGCAGCAGCGGAUGGAGGAGGAGGCCCGGGAGCACGGUGCUGUGGUGACUCUAUACCGCACUCAUCUCCUGUAUGCCAUGCAGGGACAGAUGGAUGAGGACGUCCAGUGCAUUCUCAGCCAGAUCCUGCAGAUGCAGCGGCUACAGGCUCAGGGCCGCUGAGGACACAGCUCAGCCGUUCAGUCUCCAUCCUUCACCUCUGCAAGCUGAAGCUACAGAGACCACCUUCCCCAUUCCCCCAGGGUGAUGAAUGGAACUCAUCAUGCACUGGGAGGCCAGCCUGGGACCUCACCAAUGGUGCCCAGCUGACCUAUCACUCCAUGGCUCCCAACACUCCCCAUCUGAUAUGUUACAACUACCAAUAUGCCACCUACAUCACAACCGUCCAGCCAGGAGUAUAAGCUCACUGCAAGAGGGAGACAUAACCAGUGUGGGAUACACAGUGAGGGCAGGGGAGUUCAGAAGAGAGUCUGAUAUUCUGGACCCAAAACACAGUUAUGUCAAUAAAUAUGAGUGUGAUACGAUA